CUCACAGCGUACAGGAGCACACAUAUCUGAUCUAUAAAACAUGAAACGAAAGAAUGAACACCGGUUUUAUAACAUCUACUGAGUAUUUGUGUAUUAUGGAAUGAGAAAACUCCCACCAGCCAUCAAAAAUCUCAGAAGCUAGUCGUGACUGGAAACGCCUCAUGGAACAUGUUUCAAAGCGACUGAAUUUUAUGUGAGGAAUAUACAGGACUAUCUUUAAAUGAAGAAAUUGUGGCAAUAUGGCAGCGACUGCAAAGAAGAGACGAAACGUGAUUAUAGCAAUGGAUGGAAGUGACGCCUCGCUUAAUGCAUUUAAUUGGUAUCGAACAAUGGCCCGAAUGGAAACUGAUAGGAUAACUUUGGUUCAUGCUGUGGAAAUAUAUCGCUCUAUAUACACUUCUCCAUUAUUUCAUGACAUUCCAUUUGCGGUUGAUGUAAAUGCUGUAAGAAAAGCUUAUGCAGACCAUAAAAUAGAGACUGAAAACAAGUUGUACGACCUAGCUCUCUUGAUGAAAGCGUACUGUAUUGAGGGAAAAGUCCGCAGUGUACAUGCCGACGAUCCUGGCGAGGGACUAGUUCGUAUAGCGGAGGAGUUAGAAGCUGACAUGAUAGUGAUGGGAACACGUGGGCAAAGCACCAUGAGGCGGACAGUCACCGGAAGUGUUAGUGACUAUGUCCUUCAUCACGCCACAGCCCCAGUUCUUAUUUGUCCACCAAAACACGUACUAAAGUAGUGAAUCAACUGGAAAACAUACUAUUAAAUAUUUGAAAUACAAUAAUACUUAACUGUG